GCAUUUCUGCAAAACACUGUGAACCUAGGACCCUGCAUUCACUAUAUCUGGUCUCCCAGGACCCUGCAUUCACUAUAUCCGGUCUCCCAGGACCCUGCAUUCAUUAUAUCUGGUCUCCCUGCACCCUGCAUUCACUGUAUCUGGUCUCCCCGGACCCUUCAUUCACUGUAUCUGGUCUUCCAGGACCCCGGAUUCACUAUAUCUGGUCUCCCCGGACCCCGCAUUCACUAUAUCUGGUCUCCCCGGACCCCGCAUUCACUAUAUCUGAUCUCCCAGGACCCCGCAUUCACUAUAUCUGAUCUCCCAGGACCCUGCAUUCACUAUAUCUGGUCUCCCCGGACCCUG